GGUAGAGUUAGCUCCCAUAAUCACUGCUAAACAACUUGCAGCGAACAAAAUCGAUUUUUCUGUGGAAAAAGAGACUGAUAUGUUAUUUUACAUUAUGUAAUAUUAUUCUCUCAUUAUAAAUCAUGUUACCAUUAUCGGACUUUCAUUGGACUUCUUGUAAAUUUCGGUCAAUGUUAUGAACAAUGAUGCCCGAAUUAUCUCCAUCAGUAAACCGCCCACUAUGAAUUGGUGAAUGGGUAGAUGAUGAUCAGUAUAUCGAUGUCUCAUCCAAAAUGUAUGUAACAGCUUCAGUUAUGAGAAGUUCACCCAGACUAUGAUAAGAGGGGCCAGGCAGGGUAAUCCAGUAGAAUGUUGGUGACAGCUAUCCUCUGCUCCUUCAUCCUUGGCGUUGUGGUGACACUGAUCGUUCAGUUCCUCAUCUUCAAGUAUCACCUGAGUCACACCCCAGUGGAACCAAUCAAACAUCGGCCACAGUUCACCGACUUCAAACUACCAAAGGAAUUGUUGAAUGCAGCAAAUGAAAGUAAAAAGAAAGAGAAGAAAGAGAGUUGUCUGGCCUUUAAUCUGAUCAUCAGUUUCUUGUUUAGAGAACUGAAGGAUAAAAAACUAAUGAGAAGAUGGGUAAUCAAGAAAAUGAACGCAGAGUUUGCCGAACUGAUGCAAAAAACAGCUGGUAGAAUCCUGGAACAAAUAACAGUUCAAGAAUUCAAUUUGGGCCCUUCAUUCCCAGUCAUCAAGUCAGUAACUGUCAAAGAUACCCAAAUAGAAAAUGAUGCAAUCGAUAAAUUAGAUGUAGAAGUUGACCUAGAUUAUAAAGGAGGAUUCCAGUUAGCCCUGGGAAUUGACCUAGUUCUUGGGAAGCAUGUGUCUCUGUCGGUCACUGUUACAAACCUUCGGGGGCGGGCCAGACUACAGUUCUCGCACAAGCCGUACACUCACUGGUCCUUCUCCUUCUACGAGGAGCCCCAGAUAGAUUUCCAAGUGGAGUCCAAAUAUGGAGGGAGGGCCACCCCACAGCUUACUUCACUUAUAAUCACACAAAUAAAAAGAACCAUAAGGAAGAAGCACACUCUGCCUAACUACAAGUUUAGGAUGAAGCCAUUCUUCACUCCCCCACCACCCCGAGUGCCACAGAAGGACCUUUUUGUGAAUGGCACAAAAAUAGGUCAAGGGAAACUGACUGUGACCAUCAAGAGCUGUUCACGGUUGAUUGAUGUUCCAGCAGACUCCAUGCUCUACUGCACAUUAUCCAUUGAUAGCUGUCCAUGGUUGGAGUUGCUUGAAAAGAAGAAGAAGAUCUGGGUUAUACAAGAUGUAGAAAUAAUAAAGGGCUCAGCAGAAUCAGCAGGACUCAGCUUAAAAGAGGAUUUUUUACUGGACAAGUAUGAGGAUGCUGUUUUGGUGGACUUUGUAACUCCUGGUUCUCCUGCUGACCAAUCAGACAUUAGAAAGGGAGAUGUUUUGACAUUUGUUAACCAUGUGAAGGUUACAACAUCUAAGCAAGCUGCCAAACUAUUCAAGAAUGCUGGAGAGAGGUUUCUGGUAAGAAUAGAAAGAGCAAAGAUGAAAAAUCAUCCACCUGUUGACCUUCAAAUUAUAGAAGAUAAUAUUAGUCUUAAGGAUUUUCCCCAGAGUGAAAAUCAGAAAACCUCUGAGAGCUCUGAAGACUUUGUCAACAUCAGUAUAAACCCUCACCAGGGAGAGAAGUCUUCAUUCACCCUCCCCUCCCCUUCCAGCAGCCCACAGAAAAGAGUUCUAGACCUGGUAAACACCGGCCUGGGAAAAGGGAAGAAUCUUCUGAGAGGGAGGCAGAAAAGUAACACAAUUAAUGAGGCCCCUGCCACCUUAAAGCCUGCACCACAAACCAGUCCUAAGCCAGUCAGGAGGAAUGCAUCGGAUAAGAACCUGUCUGCUCUGGGAACAUCCCCUUCUGGAUCCUCCUUGUCUGAGGUGGUGGAUCUAAAGGGGCGGAGUCAAAGUGAUGCAUCAUCUUUGAGGUCUCUGGAAUCAGCUGAUGUACAACUUAAUGAAGACACUGAAGAUGAAGAUGACACUACUGAUGUCAUUCAAACAAUAGAAAUUCCCUCAAGCCAAAAUCCAGCUUGGAAUGAAACAUUCACUUUUAAUGUUGGUGGGGGUCAAUGUCUGUGUUUGAAUUCUGGUGUACUGGCCAAAACUGUGGAGAUUAAUUGUCAGAUAAUACAUCGGAACAAGUUCUCCUCCUAUUCAGGUCACCCGGGAUUUGACCCCAAUCUGUGUUUUGGUGACAUCACUCUGACCUUCUGUCACAGUCCAAAUGAUCUGAAGGAGAAAGACCUAAAACAUUUAACUAGAAAGCUCCCAGAGGCAGUGCCAAAAAAUCUGAGAAAUGAGGGAAAAUCGCCUGUGUGUAGAAAGGAAGGGAUCCCAGCGAGUGGACUUAAAAAGAUUGAAAAAGGAAGACAUGAUUUAAUACUCACAAACUUUGAAACAGCUACCUUUUGCAACUACUGUGGGAAGAAGAUUUGGUUGAAACAAGCCUUUUUGUGUUCCCUCUGCAAAAGGAAUUGUCACAAAAAAUGUGCAGAAAAAUAUCAAAUGGAGACAAUUUGUACUGAGACUGGACCAAUGAAGCGAUUGGAUCCCAAGACAAUCUGGAAACCUUUACAGAUCAAGUCAGAGAGCAAAAAGAAUGCCCCAGAUAACAACCCCAAAUUUCUCAGCAAAUUUACACAGAAAAAGCCAACAUCUAAGCCACAGUCCUCCCCCCACAAACCAACCACCCCCACUCAUCCCCUCCCCUUCACCUUGUCUCCAAGCAACAGUCCCACCUUUGCACGCAGACGCAAUUCAGCGCCUAACACAGACCGUUUGACAAAUGAGAGCACAGUUUCACAGUCUGGUGAUUCCAUCUCAAUGACACAAACACAAUCAUCUGGGUCACUUAAGAGCUUUGUCACAAAUUUACCCAAUCGCCAAUCUGAUGAACUAAGCAUAAAGGUAUUUAAACUACAGAAAGAAAUUGAUGAGGAAUCUGAAAAUAAAAAUGAGUUGACAAAAGUGCUAGAGGAAUCCAUUGACGCAUCUCAGAAGGAAUUGUUACGCCAUCAAAUCAAAAAAUCGGACGUGAAAGUAGAAGCCAUGAUGAUGGUGAUGUUGCAUUACUGUGCAGGACUGCAGUAUUGCCUGGACCAAGAACAGGAAGAAAAGCAGAAAAAAGCCAGCACUGACUUGUCAUCUGCUGGUCGUGAUAAAGGGGAUGAUAAGAAUCAGGUUGAGGGCAGUGGCUUGAAGCUUACUGAGGUCCUGAAAGCAGAGGGAGAUAAUUAUAGUGAAAAAAUUAAUGGCAUUUUAAAAAAAUCUUCUUCUAUAUCAGUGGAAGUAGAUGAAACUCAUGUUCAUCCACAGCACUCAGAGGAAUUUGUAGAUGAGGAGGACAUUCUAGCAGAUGUCAUUAAUACUGUUACAGAAAUCAUUGAAAAAUCUGAAGGGGAGACAGAUUCUAGUGACUUUGAGGAUACAAUCAAACACUCCACUGAUUAACUGAAAUGGCAAGUAUCGUAAGGUUAAAAAAAAGAUUCUACUGAUUUAUACAAUGCAUUUUUUGUUGUUGAUAUGUUGGAAAUGGUUAUGUUUGAAGUCAAGUACAUGUAUAUUCUAAUUAUGAAAGUUAGCUACAUGUGCUCUGUGACACAAAGGGUAAAAAAUAAGAAGACAACACUGAACACAUCUUAAAAGUUAACUUCGUUCAAACAGUAGGAGUUCACUGUUGCUUUAUAAAAUCUCCAUAAUUUCUACAAAUUAAUACUUCAUCAUGUAAACAGCAGUGACAAAUAUGAUGGCAUAAAAAUAUGUGCACUGUAUAAGUCUAUUUGUUUUAAACGUGCAUAAAAUUAAACAUUGAUUUAUUUGAAUUUAAAGAGCAUGUGAGAAAUAUCUGUGUUUUAUUUCUUGUGAUUUUGAAAGCUUAUUGUGAUAUUGAGAAUUGUGAUUUGUUAACAGCCAUAAUGUAGCCUUUUGGAGUACCCCAAAGUUAAAAUUGCUUUUUAAUGCAUAUUUCUUGAUAUUUAGAUUGUAUUAAAAUCUUCAUGAUUUUGAUAUAUAUUUACACAAUAAACAAUUUUAAUUUAAUGAAAGCCAAUAAUUUUUCAUUUGCAUACACACAAUUUUAAGUUAAAUUAUUAAAUUCUUUCAAUUGUUUGGAACUAGAUCAACAAUCUUUUAGAUUUUGUUUUGGGAAAACUUCAAAGUCCAGUAUAAAGCUAAUUUCACUUUUAUUUUGUUAUCAAAGAAUUGCUAUGAUUGUCACUAGAAAUUUUAAGACUGUUGCUUUUGAUAUUCAAACAUUUAUUAACAGAUUGAGUUUCAAUUAAAAUGUGUGAAGUGAUGGAACUCCAAGGCAAAAUCAUAUCUACUUCAGUCACAGAAGCUCAGUAUUAUUUUUCUAUAUCAUAUAGAUUAUUUUGACAUCACCAGCCAGUAUAAUUUUCAUGAAGUACUUCAAAUACUCACAUUCCUUACAAAUUUGUACAGUUACAGAACCUAUAAGUUUGUACUUAAGUAUAUUUGUUAUUGUUGAAUUAAUUUCUUCAUGUUCUUACUAUGUGUUCUAUUUAAGGUUUCUUUUUAUUGAUAAUCUACUGAAUUUUGAUUUAAUAGUUCAAAUAUGGUUUCAUAAGACAGCUUUUGUACACACUGCCCAAUAUUAGUCAGACAGAGAGUGCAAUAUACAUGUACAAUCAGAUACAUAGAACAAAGUCAAAAUUUAAUUUCUGAACCACGAAAAAAAGUUCAGUAUUCAAAACAAGAAUUUUUAAUUAUUUUUUUAUCUACUGUACCAAAGAUUCUGUACCCACCUGUCGUUUAUAGGAUGAUAAUUUAAUUUUAAAGACUUUAUUUGUUGAUGCUGCUUGGAAAUGGAAAUUUUCAA